AGUCAGAACACGGCAGGCCCAAACAGCAUCUCAAACAGACAUCAAUCCGCGUUGCCAAGCGGUCGAGAGCGGCGGCGCGAUGGCGGCGGCGAGAGACGAGGUGCCGAACAAAAGGGUGGUCCUGAAGCGCUACGUGACGGGGUUCCCGUCGGAGGACGACAUGGAGGUGGUGACGGCGACGGCGCGCCUUACCGUGCCGCCGGGGUCGACGGCCAUGGUGGUCAAGAACCUCUACGUCUCCUGCGACCCCUACAUGCGCGGCCGCAUGACCAAGCACGAACGCCCCAGCUACGUCCCGGACUUCGUCCUCGGGGAGGCUUUGGUUAAUUUUGGCGUCAGCAGGGUGAUAGCAUCUGGGCACCCGGAUUUCAAGGUUGGGGAUCUUGUGUGGGGAAUGACCGGAUGGGAGGAGUACACUCUCGUCCCUAAACCGGAGUCAUUUUUCAAGAUCAAUCACCCCGAGUUGCCUCUGUCCUACUACACAGGUGUUCUUGGCAUGCCCGGCCUUACUGCUUGGGCUGGAUUUUUCGAUGUGAGCAAGCCUAAGAAAGGCGAUUACGUUUUUGUCUCGGCUGCAUCAGGUGCCGUUGGUCAGCUUGUUGGGCAGCUUGCUAAGCUCACGGGCUGUUAUGUAGUUGGCAGUGCUGGUUCUGAUGAGAAGGUUAACCUUCUGAAAACCAAGUUUGGCUUCGACGAAGCAUUCAACUACAAGAAAGAGCAGGACCUUGAUGCUGCCCUGAGGAGGUGCUUCCCUGAGGGCAUCGACAUCUACUUCGAGAACGUGGGUGGCCCAACACUGGAGGCCGUGCUGUCCAACAUGCGCAACCACGGGCGGAUCCCCGCGUGCGGCAUGAUCUCGCAGUACAACCUUGAGCAGCCGGAGGGCGUGCGCAACCUCUUCCACAUCGUCGCCAAGCGCCUGCGCAUGGAGGGCUUCAUGGUCUUCGACUACUUCAGCGAGUACUACAAGUUCGAGGAGGAGAUGGCAGGGUCAUACGUCGAGGACAUUGCUGAAGGGCUGGAAAGGGCGCCGGCGGCGCUGAUCGGGCUAUACUCCGGGCGCAACGUCGGCAAGCAACUGGUCGCCGUCGCGCGGGAGUGAGUGCUGGCCAUCCAUGUGGCGGUGAAGACAGAGUUUGUACCUUCUCAAUAAUGCCUGAAACUUUCAGAGUUCGGUGUGCAGGGAACUGAUGGCUUGUAGUGCUUGCUUGUAGUCACAGCUGCUUUAUGAAAAGUUUCAGUUUUUCUGUUGUCGGUCAA